AUGGCUUCUAUUCUGAGGGGCAUGAAAAAACUUGAUAUUCCAUUUGAGAAUUCUGAACGAGAUGCUGAUGCUCGUAUUGUAAUGGAUGUUGUCAAGUCAGGUAAUGAAUCAGAACCUUUAACACCUGCGCUAACUGCUGCAUUGAAAAAUUUAUGGGCUGAUGAAGGAGUUCGUAAGCAUGCCUUGGAACGCGGAAAUGAAUUUCAAAUGGCAGAAUCUGUCGCUUAUUUUCUGGAUUCCGUGGAUCGAGUUUCAUUUCCGGGCUAUAAACCUACCGAACAGGAUAUUUUGCUCAGUCGAAUUAAAACAACAGGCAUUGUAGAAGUGAAAUUCAAAAUGAAAAAUGUUGAUUUCCGAAUUUUUGAUGUCGGUGGACAACGAUCGGAGCGUAAGAAAUGGAUUCAUUGCUUCGAAGAUGUCAAUGCAAUUAUAUUCAUCGCUGCUAUUAGUCAGUAUGAUCAAGUGCUUUUUGAAGACGAAACUACGAAUCGUAUGAUUGAAAGUUUACGAUUAUUUGAAUCGAUAUGCAAUAGUCGAUGGUUUAUCAAUACAUCAAUAAUUUUAUUCCUCAACAAAAAAGACUUGUUUGCUGAGAAGAUUAAACGGGUUUCGAUCAAAAUUGCUUUUCCCGAAUAUGACGGCCCACAAACCUAUGAUGAUUCAGUGCAAUUUAUUAAACAAAAAUUCGAAGCUCUAAAUGCAAAUCCAGAAAAAACAAUUUACACUCAUCAAACAUGUGCGACAGAUACGGAUCAAGUUCAAAUAAUUCUGGACAGUGUUAUCGAUAUGGUCAUUCAGGCUAAUUUGAGAGGAUGUGGACUGUACUAA